AUGUACAUCCCGACGCCCACUACACCCACAUCCAGUGUCCCAUCAAGCCCUGCGCCUACGAACGCGCCUGUUGCCACUACGACCGACUCUAAGAUCGCGCUUUGGAUCGUGUGCUUCUUAUUCGCGAUCAUAUUCCUCUACCUCAUCACCGAACACGCCAAAGGCAUGGAUCCGCUCGUCACCGUACACUCAAUCGGGGCGGGGUUCAGAGAGGUGCGCGCGGAUUGGCGAUACGCGCUGCUUGAAGUAUUCCUGAUUGGCGUAGACUGCGCGGCCAGGCGCGUCGGGAUGGGGAGGGCCAGGCGGAGUGCGCCACAGUAUGUGGUCGCCGCAUAA